AUGCCACGGAGGAGACGCCACAGCCGGGUGAGCGCCCAGGAGGGCGGCCGGGAGGAAGAGGCGCCCCCAGAAGUGGCAGCCUUGCUCUCAGCGCAGUCGCAGUCCCCACAGAAGUUCCAAGAGACCGCCGAUCCGGUUUUGCUCCGGGGCAUCUUCGAGAUCCGGAGGGGCAGCUGCGACGUGGUACUGAGCCAACGGGCCCUGAAGUGGCGGCCCAUUCAGCCCGAGCGCCCGGCGGGUAAUUAUAAAUUUGAUUUGCUAUGUAAAGAAGAAUCUCUUGAGCUCAAAAACAUAUUCUCUGUGAAACUGAAGCGGCGUUGCUCUGCUAAGCAGCCAAGAAGUGGGACUUUACUAGGCAUCACACUUUUCUUCUGCCUGAAAAAGGAACAGAACAAAUUAAAAGAUUGCACCCUUGAUCUUAUUAAUUUAAGUGAAGACCACUGCGAUGUAUGGUUUAGACAGUUCAAGAAAAUUUUAUCAGGUUUUUCAAACAGGCCAAAGUCAUUAAAAAUACUCCUUAACCCCCAAAGUCACAAAAAAGAAGCUACCCAGGUCUAUUAUGAGAAGGUGGAACCUCUGCUAAAGCUUGCAGGGAUAAAGACUGAUGUCACAAUAACGGAAUAUAAAGGACAUGCUCUGUCCCUGCUUAAGGAAUGUGAACUCCAGGGAUUUGAUGGUGUUGUCUGUGUUGGUGGAGAUGGAUCUGCUAGUGAAGUAGCCCAUGCUUUGCUUCUCAGAGCCCAGAAGAGUGCUGGGAUAGAAACAGACCAAAUCCUAACUCCUGUCAGAGCACAGCUUCCACUCGGCUUAAUACCAGCAGGAUCUACUAACAUAUUGGCACAUUCUCUUCAUGGGGUCCCUCACGUAGUAACUGCAACUUUGCACAUUAUAAUGGGGCACAUACAGCCAGUUGAUGUCUGCUCCUUCAGUACCACUGGCAAGCUUCUUCGCUUUGGGUUUUCAGCCAUGUUUGGCUUUGGUGGUAGAACUUUGGCUCUUGCGGAAAAAUAUCGAUGGAUGUCUCCUAACCAACGGAGAGAUUUUGCUGUAAUAAAGGCACUAGCAAAACUUGAGCCAGAGGAUUGUGAAAUAUCAUUUUUACCACUUAAUGGCUCUCAGGAUGACCCAAAAAUGAGGGCCCAGGGAUUACUCAACUCUGACUGUAAUGAUCAAUGGCAAAUUAUCCAGGGUCAGUUCUUGAAUGUCAGCAUUAUGGCAAUUCCCUGCCUGUGUUCAGAGGCACCUAGAGGCUUGGCACCUAAUACCAGAAUAAACAAUGGAAGUAUGGCUCUUAUAAUUGCACGAAACACUUCUCGACCACAAUUUAUAAAACACCUGAAAAGAUAUGCCAGUAUAAAAAAUCAGUUCAAUUUUCCAUUUGUUGAGACUUAUACUGUUGGAGAAGUAAAAGUUCAUCCAAGGAACACCACUAGUGGCUACAGCCCAGAGCAGGAUAGACUGCAUGAAGCUACUUUAGAAAACAGUUUUCCUUGGAAUGUAGAUGGGGACUUAAUGGAAGUUGCAUCUGAGGUCCAUGUCAGAUUACAUCCAAGACUUAUCAGUCUUUAUGGAGGAAGCCUGGAAGAAGUGAAUGAUUUCCAAGUAACAUGUAAUUGUUUAUAAAAGAAAUGUGCAAACUAGAAUUUUAAUAUGAAGGAAUUUGCUCAUUCUUUAAACAGAUAUCUUAAGAAAAUGUUUUAAAAGUAAAAUUGCUAUUUUUGAUAUUAAAAAGCUUCUAGGUUUUUGAAAAUCAAGAUGAAAAUAUGAAAUAUCAAAAACAAUUUUAAUUCUGGUUUGUAUAGGUGUUUAUUGGAACUGAAACAUUUCAUACGUUUCACCUUUAUGAUAUCAAUAUUUAAUCAAGAUAAUUCAUUUGGACUCUUUUAUUUUACAAGAUUUGAAUCCAUCAUGUACUUCCCUGAUUUUAUGAAUGAGGCAACAAAUUUAGAGAAGUUAAAUUCCAAAAUGACACAUUUAGUUGUGUAACCAGAAACAGAACCACGUUUUUUGAAAAUCUUUCCAAUACUUAGCCUGUCUGCCAAAAAAGAAUAAUCCCAUCUUUGAGAAAAUGUUGUUAAGUGGUGGGAUUUAUAAAUUCAUCAUAUAGGUAAACUCAAAGUUGAUAACAUUUUAUUUAGAAUUAUGCAAAAGCCUAAUUGGUAGCUGUGUUACUCUUGUACCUGAGAUGCAUGGGUCCAGAAAUCAUAGUUCUUGAUUUCCAAUGUAGUUUCUUUAGAGACCAUUCUUGAGAAGACAGUUCUAAAUUAGUGCUUCACUUUUUUCAUGAGGGAGUGAUCCUAGACAUAUUUCUAAAAGAGUUAUUUGGCUUUUUUAAAAUUAGUUUAAUUAUACGUGAUAGCAGAAU